AGAAACCCCUGCGUCAUGCCGUCGGGAGGGCGCUCCCCACGACCUUGUGUAGUUAUCAUCACCAUGUUGGUGACCUGUUCAGUUUGCUGCUAUCUCUUUUGGCUGAUUGCAAUUCUGGCCCAACUCAACCCUCUCUUUGGACCACAGUUGAAAAAUGAAACCAUCUGGUAUCUCAAGCAUCACUGGCCUUGAGGGAGAAGACCCGCUGCCCAGCCAUCGAGGUCAUGGCGAGAAUUCCUCUAGAUGUGCAGUCACCUCCACACUGGGCCGCCUUCCUUGGCUCGCCUGCCCUGGCCAUCCUGCCUUAAACACCCACAGCACAGUUGACUCUUAUUCUCCAGUGCAGUGUUUUCCUGUUAGCCUUUUACACUUUGAUGAAUUAUGUGCCUCCUUAAUCUGAGCGGUGCCCAUGCCAUCAAAUGCUCAUGCGCUCCCCUGAGACAGAAGGUGCUCUGGAACCACGGCACUCUCCUGGGACUGUGGACCGAAGAUGGCUCCUGCCUGCUCAUGACACGGGACCAGUGACGUGUUCAAACGCUGUCACGAGACAGUGAGACUCCAGUGCAGCAGCCGUAGGAGAGCAUGUUCAAGGGCAGAUCUGUCCCGACAGAACUACACCAAAGUCUAUUUUCAGGAUGAAUUUCUUACUUCUGCCAUCUUUUGGAAUAAAUUAUUUUCCUGCUUUCUAUGGAAA